AUGGCUGCUGAUCAAGUCACCAUCAGUGACGAGCCUAAGGGCGGAGGUGUUACAGCCGAUGCAGCUGUGAAAGCCAUCAAGGCUGGACGAAACAAAGAUGUUGAUAUUGCCGCACAGAUCGUUAGCGACUAUGCUGAUCAAAUGGAUGGUGACACCUGGUCGGUUGAGGAAGAACGAAAGUUGAUCCGCCGAAUUGAUUGGAGACUUAUCCCCACUCUAUUCGUUUGCGCUACUCUCUCAGGCCUUGAUAAAACGGCCAUCUCGGCGGCUGCAGUUUACAACAUCAAGACGGAUCUGAAUCUUACUGGAGCUGAGUAUUCAUGGAUUGGAUCAGCGCCAUUCUUCGGUGGAUUGUUAUUCAUGGGUCCUUUGGCCUAUUGCCUGCAGAGGGUCCCUGCCGUGCCAUUCUUCGCUUUCAAUGUUCUCUGCUGGGGUAUUUUGGAGAUGUCCGUCACAAUGGUUGUGUCAAUGUGGUAUCGACCCGAGGAACAACCAAAGAGAAACAGUAUUAUUCUCAAUGUGGUUGCACCCAUUAUUAAUGGUUUCGUCGCUUGGGUAGUCGGGUAUUACAAAGGCCCAUACGAAAGAUGGAAGAUUAUCUUCCUUCUCGUAGGAGCUCUCACUAUCGUCACAUCUGUCGUGGUGUAUUUCGUACUGCCAAACAACCCGCUGGAAGCCAAAUUCCUGACCCCCCGGGAAAAGUACAUUGUCAUUCAACGCAAAGCCGCCGAUAACACCGGUAUCGAGUCUAAGACUUUCAAAAUGGAGCAAGUCUGGGAAGCUAUCUUCGAUAUCAAGACAUGGUUGAUUUGGAUUGCCAUUGCUGCUUUGCAGGUACCAAAUGGCGGGUUGACAACUUUCAACACGCUCAUCAUUUCCGGGCUUGGCUUCGAUUCCCUUCAGACAUCGUUACUCGCUAUGCCUCCCGGUGCUAUGAGUACAUUGUCUGGAAUCGGUCUCUCUUAUCUGGCUGCCACUACAAGACGAUAUCGUACUGCAAUCGUGACAGUCUCCAUCCUCCUACCUCUGUUUGGAGCUGUGCUUUGUUAUGCGUUACCGCGAACAAACCUUGCCGGUCAGCUCGUUGGGCUAUACAUUUUAUAUACAUACUGGGCCCCUUACGUCACCUUGGUUUCGGUAUACCAGGCUAACGUUGCAGGUCAUACAAAGAAAAUCACACUCUACGCCUGGUUUUACAUUGCCUGGGCCACCGGAAACAUCAUCGGACCUCAAACAUUCCGAGCAGAUCAAGCCCCCGAAUAUACUGGCGGCACUGUGGCAAUGAUUAUAUGCUACGUCGUUGCGAUGUUUGCCAUUACAGCAUAUGGUGUGGUUUGCCAUUUGAGCAAUAAGAAGCGUGCAGAAGCCAUCGAAGCUCGCACGGCUGCUGACCAUGAUUGGUUGGAUAUGACGGAUAAGGAGAAUGUGGGAUUCAAGUACACUACCUGA